AUGGUGAUCUCAGGACGAGUGGUGAUGGCCGUCUCGGUAGCCAUAUUGAUGAGUAGCACAACGGCUAUCGUAUCCAACGACAAUCGGUUGCAGUUAAGACCACGUCGGCAGUCCUACUCAGUUUACUACCUCUGUGGAACUUAUCCUAACCAGUACAUGUCCUAUUAUCCCUGUCCAUGUGUAACAUGUGAGCCAGCCUGCCAAUAUCCAUGUUCUACCACGCCGUACUGCCGGGCGAUUAAUAUAAACUACAUUUGUCGAAAUGGGUGCUGUACGGUAAUAACUUUCAAUUUUUUAAUCAAACCAGCAACACCGCCAAAUCCGCUGUGUGACGGACGAGAAGCUUCGGCUGGUUACUGUCAUGUGGGUGGAGUCUGCCCUGUAGGCUUCACAUGCACACCGAAUAACGUGUGUUGCCGAUGUGCUUACGGAACCAGCAUCGGACCGUGUGUAAAUUUGAACUGUCCGGACAAUUUCCAAUGUAAUGCCAACAACGAGUGCUGUCCAUAUCAAAUCGGAAAAUAG